GCCGGUCCCGGUUCCGCCCGGCCCCGCGGAGGCGGAGCGGGACGGGCACGUGGCGUCCCCGGCCCCGCCCCGCCCCGCCCCGCCCCGCCCCGCCGGCUGACAGCGGCCGCCGCCGCCAUGGCCGCCGUGUGGCAGCAGGUGCUCGCCGUGGAUGCCCGGUACGCCGCGUACCGCACGCCGCGCUGGCCGCAGUUCCGCACGCAGUACGUGCGGCGGCGCAGCCAGCUGCUGCGGGAGCACGCGCAGGCGGCCCCGGCGGCGGACGCGGCGGACGCGGCGGGCGCGCGGCGCUGGUACCUGCGGGUGCGCGCGCGGCUGCUGGCGCAGCGCUACGGGGCCCUGUCGGAGCAGAGCAGCGGGCGCGCGCACAGCAGCAGCGCCCUGCGCGCCAGCCGCACCACGCUGGACCGCAUGGAGGACUUCGAGGAGGACCCGCGGGGGACCCGUGGACACCGGCGCUCCCUGAGCCGCGGCUCCCACGCCGGGGGGGGCCGGGGGGGCCCUGAGGAGCGCCCCCCCGGGGUGGUGCCCACGCCGCUGGCCGAGGCCAGUCGCGCCAUGGCCGGGGACACGACGCUGAGCGAGAACUACGCGUUCACCGGCGUCUUCCACGUCUUCGACCAGCACGUGGACAACGCCGUCCCCAAGGUGCAGUUUGCGCACGACGAGCGGCACUUGCUGGCGUGCUGCUCGCUGGACGGCACCAUCUCGGUGUGCCGGCUGGCGCCGGGGCCGCCGGCCGUGCUGCAGGUGCUGCGGGGACACGCGGGCGGCGUCGCCGACUUGGCCUGGUCGCUGUCCAACGACGUGCUGGUGUCGGCGUCGCUGGACGGCACGCUGCGGCUCUGGGCGCCGGCCGACGGGCGCUGCAUCCGCCGCGUCUGCGACCCCGACGGCGCCGCGCUGCUGUGCUGCGCCUUCCAGCCGCUCAACAACAACCUCACCGUGGUGGGCAGCGCCCGGCACAUGGUGCGCGUGGUGAACAUCUCCACCGGGAAGGCGGCGCGCGGCGGGGCCGGGCGGCUCCCCGGCCGGGUGCUGGCGCUUUGCUUCGACGCCCCCGGCCGCGUCCUCUGGGCCGGCGACGACUGCGGCUCCGUGUCCUCGUUCCUCUGCGACCCCGCACCGGUACGGGGGGCUCUGGGCGGGGGGGGGCUCGGGGGGGCUGCGUGCCGCUAAGCCCCCGUUCUCCCCCCAGGGCGGCUGACCAAGGCCUCGCGGGUGCUGGUCCAGGCCGGUGGCUCCAUCACGUCCCUGUCGGCCCGCGCCUGGGCCAGCCGGGAGGCGCCCGACCCCUCGCUGCUGGUGAACGCCUGUCCUGACCGCCUGCUGCUCUUCAGGGUGGUGGAGGAGGAGGGCUCGGGCGCGGCACUGCGGCUGCGGCGCAGCUUCCCCACGCGGCACCGCGAGCAGCCGGUGCGGAGCUGCUUCUGUCCCCUCAUGUCCUUCCGGCAGGGAGCCUGCGUGGUGACGGGCAGCGAGGACGCCUGCGUGCACUUCUUCGACGUGGGGCGCGCGGCGCGGGCCACGGUGAACACGCUGCAGGGCCACGGCGCGGCGGUGCUGGCCGUGGCCUUCAACUGCGACGAGAGCCUGCUGGCCUCCAGCGACGCCGCCGGCACCGUCAUCGUGUGGCGCCGCCAGCACGCGUGACCCCCCGCGGCCCCUCCCCCACGCACACAGCGGCUGCGGUAACAAGCGUGUUUGCGGCUCAGAACAGGUACUUGCGGCAGGCGGCCGCCCCGCACUUGCACUCGAUGCGGCCGCGGGCACGGGGGGAGCCCCCCAGGGCCCCCCCCGCCAGCCCAAAGUUGGAGUCCAUGCGGGUGCUCUCGGCGUCCACCGGGUCCACUGGGGGGGGAAACGGGGGUGAAGGGGGGGGAAUGGUACAGCCUGACCCCCCCAUAAACUGUAGCAGUGGUACAGCCUGACCCUCCAAAAUCACAGCAGUGGUACAGCCUGACCCCCCCAUAAACUGUAGCAGUGUUACAGUCUGAACGCUCCAAUAAACCAUGGUAGUGGUA